AUGCUGUGGGCUUUAGUAUAUUAUCUUGUUGCGUUUUUUGCUUUUGUUCUUUUAUACGAAUAUUAUCGUAGAAAUAUUUUAAAACAAAAAGCUCGAUUAGAUCUCCUUGCAAGUCUCGAUGGAAUGGAAUUUAAUUCACUACCAACAUCGAAAAAAAAACCAUUUGAAAAAAUAAAACAAGAAAUUGCAUCAAAUUUUUAUUUUGAACGUAUUCGAAUUAUUUUCGGUAUUGAUUUAUCAGCUAGUAAUGAAUGGCAAGGUAAAAAAACUUACGGUGGACAAUCAUUACAUAAAGUACAAAAUAAAGCAUUUAAUCCAUAUCAAAAAGCUAUUGGUCAAUUAGGUCCAAUAUUUGAAGAUGUAUUUACAUCAAAAAUUGAAUAUUCUUGUUUUGGAUUUGGUGAUGAACAAACAAAAGAUUAUUCUUUUUUUCCAAUUGUUGGUAGUGGUGAUGAAUUUAAUACACAUCAACUUAUUCUUGAUGCUUAUUUAGAACAAACAAAAAAUGUUGCAUUAAGUGGCCCAACAGAAUUUACACCCAUCGUAAAAAAAUUAAUUUCCUAUGGUAUUUAUUGUCCACGAGAUUUUACUAUGUUAGUUAUUUUAACUGAUGAACUUAAGCUUUCAAGUGAUAAUAAAUCAUUUGUUGAAGCUAUACGAAUGUUGGCAAAUUUACCUAAUGUAUGUUUACUUGUCAUUGGUGUUGGUGAUGGACCAUGGGAAGGAUUAGCACGUGAAGAACAUUCACUUCGAGAAGCCGUAUUUCAAAAAUUAAAUAAGAAACAAAUGGAAAAAGAAUUAAUUCAAUCAAAACUUUGUUAUGAUAAUUUUCAUUUUGUCAAUUUUAAUGCGUUUGUUUCAAAACAAGAUAAAAUGGAAACUGAAAAUUAUUUUGCACGAGCUGUUGUAAGAAAAUUACCAACACAAUUGAAACAAGCUUCUCUCAAUGAUCCACAUAGACCAAAAGCUUAA